AUGCCGUUUUUCAAAUUCUCGGACCAUCAAAAGUAUGAACUCUUGCCCGUUGUCGAAAAUACCAACAUAGAGCCAAAAACCGUGCCGCGGAAUCGCAACUUUAGCUUUACCUUGUGGAUUGCCAUCUGUAGGCUGUUUCUGUUUACUCUAGCCGGCACAGGCUUCUAUGCACUUUGCACGACCAUUUUCCGAGCCAACACAUCAUCGGAUGGUCAACUCGCCCUGUAUUCAGCCACAUGCGCAGACCCUUACUUCAGAAGGGAGUGGCGGAGUCUUUCCGAACAUGAGAAAUCAUCGUACCUAAAAGCUGUUACUUGUCUUGCUUCGACUACAUCCGUCUUGAGAGACAAUGGAACGAUCUACGACGACUUUCCAUGGGCACAUAACCAGGCCGCUCAUCAUACUCAUGGUAGCGCAUCGUUCUUGACGUGGCAUAGGCGCUACAUCUUUGUCUACGAACAAUAUCUCAGGAGCAGAUGCGGAUACAAAGGUGCACUCCCGUACUGGGAUUGGACCCUUGACUGGGAAGACCUCCCCAAUUCACCCAUCUUUUCCAAGAAGCUUGGUUUCGGCGGUGACGGAGACCCGAGCGCCCCUGAAGGGGUUGGCGGUGGACAUUGCCUUACAGCGGGACCAUUCAAAGACUUCCGCCCAUUAUUCUAUGGGCGUCAUGAUCAACCUCAUUGCCUGUCGCGCGGCUUCACCAAUUUUUCUGGGCCCCAUGCAGACCUGAGCCCGGCUUCCGUAGAGAAGAUCAUGAUAGCGGAGACCUACCGUGACUUCUUCCUGCAGUUAUACAACACUCUGCACAACGUGCUCCCAAAUGGAAUCAGGGGCGACUUCUAUAGUUUCACAGCGCAAUAUGAACUGAGCGAAUACCUCGAGGAAUCGGAAUCAUCAGAUGAUGGAAUUAUUAGGCUCGCCGGCUUGGAUGAAGACGUCUCAGUAGCGCAAGUCAUCAAUACCCAAGCCGAUGGCGCGCUGCUGCGUUUCGCGAAAUUGGGCAUCACCAGUUUGCUUUCUGUUCUCCAGUUGUCUCUCCUGGUGUUGAGCGUUGUGAAAGCUGGUACAUAUGAAGCAUACUUUGUCUCUUCCUCGGCCAUGGCUUUUGUGUCGGGUCUGUGUCUGAUUCCCCUCUCCUUUCUGGAGCAUGAAAAAUCACCACGGCCCUCAAUUUUGCUCAGCUUCUAUCUCGCCCUAACGCUGCUCCUUGAUAUUGCCCAAGUCCGGACUUUGUGGUUAGCGUCAAGGAAUCACAUCGCAGUCACGUUUUCAAGCGUGUUUACAUCCAGCGUAGUGGUCAAGGCGGUUUCUCUCCUUCUGGAGUCGCAGCAUAAGUCAAGAUGGAUACGUUGGGACACCAAAGAGCACAGCCCAGAAGAGACAAGCGGCUUAUUUGGACUAGGUGCCUUCAUCUGGCUGAAUCGCCUCUUCUUGUCCGGAUAUUCCAAGGUUCUGAAAGUCGGCGACCUCUAUCCCUUGGACCCAGCAAUGUGUGCUGAGACACUGAACCAGAGACUGAACCGUCACUGGCAGGUUUCUGGAUCUGCGAGCCGACAAGGGAAAUACAGACUUGCUCGAGCACUGACGAAAACCCUUGCUAUUCCAAUUUUAUUGCCGGUUUUCCCGCGAGCAGCAAUGGCUGCCUUCCAGUUUUGCCAGUCAUUUCUUAUCAACGCACUUCUGAGCUACUUAGAAGAGCCAGAGCCCUCUAAGAAUGUUGGGUAUGGCCUCAUCGGAGCAACGAUCCUCAUUUAUCUUGGAAUCGCCAUAACAUUUGCGCUCUAUUGGUACUAUCAGGAGCGUGCAAUGUACAUGGCCCGAGGAGCAUUAGUCGCAGCAAUCUACAGGAAGACUACGGAAGUUGGCCUACCUGCAGCUGACAAUUCAGCGCUCACGCUGAUGAGCGGCGACAUCGAGCGCAUAAUCGCAGGAUUCCUGAACGUCCACGAGCUCUGGGCCAACUCGGCGCAGGUAGCCAUUGCCUGCUGGCUCCUCUCGCAACAAAUCGGAUUGGCCUUUCUCGCUCCCUUAAUCGUUGUUGGAGCUUGCGCAGCGUGCUCAACCUUUCUGGCCAGACUCACCGGGCCACGUCAAAAGCUUUGGAUGGAGCAGAUUCAGAAGAGAGUCGGACUUACAUCUACCGUUAUUGGACAGAUGAAGAAUCUAAAAAUGGCAGGUCUCGCCGCGCCUGUGGGUAAACUAAUCCAGCGUAUGCGGAUUGAUGAACUGAAAGCCGGGGCACGAUUCAGGCUGAUUUUGUCCUUUACGGCAACCCUGGGUGUUACACCUCUCUGCAUUUCGCCUGUCAUGGCAUUUGCAUUCGCAUCACGCACACUUGGUGUUACAACUAUUUUUACGUCCAUGUCUUAUAUCGUUCUACUGGCUACACCGUUGUCUGUCCUGUUUCAGUCAAUCCCAACUCUGAUGGCUGCCUUCACAUGCCUGGACCGAAUUCAGGUAUUUUUGGAGAGCGAUGAGCGUCGAGACUUCAGAGCUGGGACAUAUUCAGCGACUGAAGAAGCAGAAAAAUCAUCGGCAAGUUGCAGCCAGAAAAGACAGAAUGAAACUACACUGGCCACUACACCCGCAAUCGAGAUAUCAGGCGGGUCUUUUGGGUGGCAGUCAGACCGACGUGUCCUUGCAAGCAUCGACCUCAAAAUACCGGAUGCAGCACUGACUAUUAUCGUUGGACCAGUUGCCUCUGGGAAAUCAACUCUGUGCAAAGCGCUUCUUGGCGAGAUUCCUGUGGCAUGUGGAACAACGCAAACUGGCUUCGCGCCUGGUUCAGCUCGGGUAGGAUAUUGUGACCAGAGCCCUUACUUGUCAAACGCUACUAUUAGAGACAACAUCAUCGGUUUCUCUUCUUUCGAGCAACAGAGAUACGACGAGGUCGUUGAAGCCUCGAUGCUGCGUCACGAUCUGGACGUCCUACUCCCUCAAGGAGAUCAAACCCAAAUCGGCACUGAUGGCAUCGCCUUGAGUGGUGGCCAGAAACAACGAGUUUGUCUCGCAAGGGCACUGUAUCAGAACACUGCCAUCGUGAUCUGCGAUGACGUUCUAAGAGGGUUAGAUGCCGAUACAGAAGACCACGUAUUCAGAAAAGUGUUUUCCGCCGACGGCAUUCUACGACGUAGAAAAGCAACAGUGGUGUUGUGCACCCAUUCCGUGAGGUACCUACCCUUUGCUGAUCACAUCAUCGCCCUGAAUGAGAAAGGGACAAUUUCGGAACAGGGUACAUUCCAGGAGUUGGUGGCCAACCAGGGCUACGUUUACAGCCUCAAAGUGGAAGACAGAGUCAAUCGCAAAUCUGAUGACGGAAUUGGUCUCCCAACAGAUGCUAAGACGCGGGGAGAGGAGUCGAAACCCACUGCCGUGACCGCUUUAAGUAGCGGAAAGGAAUCAGAAGAAGAGGAGCUCAGCCGUAUGUUUGGCGAUGUGCAGGUCUACCGGCACUACUUUUCUCGCAUCGGAAUCUCGGCUCAAACAGUAUUUCUUCUGUCAGCCCUUGCUUGGGGGUUCUUUUACAGUUUCCCGACUGUCUGGCUAACGUUCUGGUCUGACGAUAUUACAUCUCAACAUCCCGCUCACUCAAAUGCCUUCUAUCUCGGCCUCUACGCCCUCUUCCAGGUCUGCACACCAAUUUCUCUCCUAAUUAUGAGCAUGACUUGCUUCAGAACCAUGGUCCACCAAUCUGGCUCUAGGCUGCAUCAGGACGCGUUGAACACUGUUAUCUCGGCACCCCUCAGGUUUUUCGCUAGGACUGACACAGGCUCAAUCACCAAUCUCUUCUCUCAGGACAUGACCUUGGUUGACGGGAGGCUCCCGAUGGCACUGACGAAUCUGUCCCUCUAUAUUUUCUCAUCUCUGGGUCAGGCUGCUGUAAUCGCUACUUCUUCACCAUAUCUUGCGGUCACUUAUCCAUUCCUCCUCGCCAUUCUAUAUGGCAUACAGAAGUUCUACUUGCGCACUUCCCGGCAAUUGCGGCUGUUAGACCUGGAAGCAAAGAGCCCACUCUACUCUCAUUUUAUCGAUACAACCAAGGGAAUAGCCACUAUCCGUGCCUUUGGGUGGGUUCCGGAAAACACCCGCAUGAAUCAGGUGUACCUUGAUACAUCACAGAGACCAGCCUACCUCCUGGCCAUCAUCCAGCGCUGGCUGGGCUUUAUACUCCGACUCAUAGUCGCGCUUCUUGCCAUCGCAGUUGUCACCCUUGCGACGCAGCUGGGAUCGAACACGGCCUUCACCGGCGCCAGUCUCGUGACGCUGAUGAGCUUCGCUGAGGGUUUGAUGUACGUCAUCACCAUGUACACGCUUCUCGAGACUUCCAUCGGUGCUGUCUCUAGAUUGAAGAACUUCAGCGAAAAAAUUAAGCCAGAGGGCUCUGAGAACGAGACCUUAAUACCAGCAACACUUUGGCCACAAGGUACAAUUAAGUUGGACGGUGUCUCAGCCACGUACGAGGCUAUUGGCGAGCAAUCACCAGGGGUAUCUAUUUUCAAUACUCCAGGAGAUGAGAAUUCAGGCAGCGGAAACGCCAGUAAAGAUUCUCCGUCCCUGGCAUUGAGAGGUCUAAAGCUUGACAUACGCCCCGGCGAGAAAGUCGCCAUAUGCGGCCGCAGUGGAAGCGGCAAGUCAUCGAUCAUAUCGCUGCUUCUUCGGCUUCUGGAUCCACUUCCCAGCUGUGCUGAAAACAUCUCGAUGGAUGAUAUAGUUCUCUCCCUGGUCGAUCGCACAACCCUUCGCGAACGGGUCCUCACUAUUCCGCAGGAAGUGGUUUUCCUUCCCGAUGGAACCUCCUUUAAGAUGAAUUUGGACCCAUUCGGAGUAUCUUCAGACGCUGAUUGCCGGGCCGUCUUGAAUUCUGUCGGACUAUGGAGCUUGGUCGAGGAGCAAGGAGGUCUCACGGGCGGAAUGGCCGUUGAUAUGCUGUCGCAAGGGCAAAAGCAGCUUUUUAGUCUCGCACGUGCUCUCUUGAGGCACAAAAUCAGAGCGGAAGAGCACACAAACAACCAUGGAGACAUUGGCGCGAUGCAACGCGGCGUUCUCCUUCUUGACGAGUUCAGCUCCGGUGUUGACCACGAAACAGACAAGGCGAUGCAGAAGAUUAUCCGGGAGGAAUUCGAGGCUUAUACGGUCAUCAUGGUCAGUCACCGACUGGAAAUGGUCUUGGAGUUUGACACUGUCGUCAUGAUGGAUGCAGGCAGUAUCGUGGAGACGGGGCGGCCUUCGGAAUUGAUCGAAAUGGAAGGGUCCAGGUUCAGGGAGCUUUGGAUGGUCGGGCGAGAGAAGAUGUGA